AUGCUUGUGGGGAGCCCCCGGGCUGUCGUCCAGGCGACGCUCGGUGCUGCCAAGGUCGCGUGGAAUCUCGUCGAUGUGACGCAGCACAAAGGCUCGCAUCCCCGCAUGGGCGCCCUGGACGUGUGCCCCUUCGUCCCCGUCCGAGACGCCACCGUGGCGGACUGCGUGGCCUGCUCCCGCGAGUUCGGCCGUCGCCUGGCGGAGGACCUCGGCGUCCCCGUCUUCCUCUACGGAUUCGCUUCCGAUCGGGACUACCGGAAGAUCAUGCUGCCGAUCCGCGCCGGCGAGUUCGAAGGACUCGACGAGAAAGUAACCCCAAUAAUACGAGUAUAA